CUUCUCCUCCCCCACCACCCGUGCCCACGCCCCGUCGUCGUCGUCGUCGUCGUCCCCAGCGUCGCCGCCGUCGCCGCCGUCGCCCUCGCCAGCCCCAGCAUGCCCCCAAUCCGCGACAAGUUCACCAUCCACUCAAAGGCCGUCGUCUGCCAGGACGUCGAGCUCAAGGGCGACAUCACCGUCGGCGCAGGCACCAUCGUCCAUCCAAAGGCCACCAUCUUUGCCAUCGCCGGCCCCAUAGUCAUCGGCGCCGGCUGCAUCGUCGAGGAGGGCGUCAUCCUCGUCAACCGUCGCAAAGAAGUCAUGCGCAUAGGCGAUGACAAUCUCUUUGAGAUCGGCUGCCGUGUCGAAUGCCCUAGCAUCGGCAACUUCAACACCAUCUCUGCCCGCGCAAGAGUCCACCACACCGUCCGCAUCUCCUCGUAUUGCGUGAUCGGUGCCGCUUGCCUCGUCGUCCCCACCGAGGACGAGAUCCUCGACGAGUACACCGUCAUAUACGGCCCUGCCGCGGAGCGACGCAUAUGGAGUGGGCGUGGCAAGGUACAAGAGGCGGAUCUGAGAAGGAAACAUGCAGAGUAUCUCAAGGAGAUGCUUCCGAAGUUCAAUCGUCUCAGACGAGGUGACGGUACAUGACCUCCUCGUUGUGUAUGUCGUCCUUGGUCAAUGCUAUCGUCGGUGCUCUCAACCGCGUUCGUACAUUUAUAUGAGCUGUUAGCUACAGCAGCUGUCGACGCGCACUUGCGGUAGAAUGAGAGAAAGAAUGCAUUGAGUUUCAGUCAA